AAUUUCCCUUCCGUUUUAUCGUUCUCUUCUUCUUGUUUCUCUCUCUCUCUCUCUCUCUCUCUCUCUACACCGAAGCUCAGCUUCUUCCACCUUGGAUGGAGUUUCUGGAUCUCACCGCCACAACCACCACCGCAACUGCCCAAUGCUCCUCCUCCUCCAACCUCCCACCUCCCCUUUGAUCAAACCCCCCUUCCAUUCCGUUUCUUGCCGGGGUGAAUUUUAAUCAUUCUCUCGGGUGGAAGCUCAGUUCUAGGGUUUCUUAACGACGGCGUUUUAAGAUGCCGGGGCCUCGCUCGAAGUCGGAGAAGAAGCAUGACGCUGAUAACCAGCUCCGGCGGGACCCAUACGAGGUCCUCGGCGUCUCCCGGAGCUCCACCGAUCAGGAAAUCAAGACCGCUUACCGCAAAAUGGCACUCAAAUACCAUCCUGACAAGAAUGCUAAUGAUCCUAAAGCAGCUGAUAUGUUUAAAGAGGUUACCUUUUCAUAUAAUAUCUUGUCAGAUCCAGAUAAACGGCGUCAGUAUGACUCAGCUGGCUUUGAGGCUGUUGAAUCAGAAAACCAAGAGUUGGAGUUGGAUCUUUCAAGUUUGGGUGCUGUCAAUACAAUGUUUGCAGCACUUUUUAGCAAACUGGGUGUGCCAAUUAAGACAACAGUAUCUGCAACUGUUCUUGAAGAGGCACUCAAUGGUUCAGUGACCAUUCGUCCACUUCCAUUGGGACAAUUUAUAUCUAAAAGGGUUGAGAAACAAUGUGCACACUUCUAUUCAGUUACAAUAACAGAAGAGGAAGCCCGAGCUGGAUUUGUUUGUCGAGUGCAAUCAUCAGAGAAAAGCAAGUUCAAGUUAUUAUAUUUUGAUCGGGAAGACAAAGGUGGCUUAAGUCUUGCACUCCAGGAAGACUGUGCUAAAACAGGGAAGGUUACCUCUGCUGGAAUGUAUUUUCUUGGGUUUACUGUUUAUCGGUUGGAUCAGACAAUGAACUCUAUAGCUGCUGCCAAGGAUCCAGAUACAUCAUUUUUCAGAAAGCUGGAUGGGUUCCAGCCAUGUGAAUUGACAGAAUUGAAGGCCGGUACCCAUGUGUUUGCCGUUUAUGGUGACAACUUUUUCAAAAGUGCAAAUUAUACAAUAGAAGCCCUGUGUGCUGCACCGUUUCGUGAAGAAAAAGAAAAUUUAAGAACCAUUGAAGCUCAAAUUUUGUCUAAAAGGGCAGAAAUAUCGAAGUUUGAGGCCGAAUAUCGCGAGGUUCUGGCACAAUUCACGGAGAUGACAAGUAGAUAUGCACAUGAAAUGCAAGCAAUUGAUGAGCUAUUGAAACAAAGAAAUGAAAUACAUGCAUCAUACACUGUUGCUCCUUUAAAACGAAGUACGAGUAAGAGCAGACCCAAACGUUCUUCGAAGGAGGCAAAUGAAGAUGGCCAAGCAAGGGAGAAGAGGAGCUCAAGAGAUCGAUCAAAGAAGAAGAAGUGGUAUAACCUCCACUUAAGAGUUGAUAAGAGAAAGGCUUGCUAAGCAGUUUUACAAGCUAAGGGGAAGGCUCUGCCUGAAGCAACAACCAAAUGUUGUUGGAAGGUUUCAUUUAUGUUGGUCACACAAGCAUGUCAAGGAUGACAACUCCUCAUUGUUUUUGUAUAAUCCCCCUACCCCCUUUCCUUAUACUUUGUCUCUAAGUGCCUCAUGUUCAGAAUUCGUCCUUGUAAAUUAUUUUAUUUAUUGAUGAAGCGCAAUCAAAUCUCUGGGCUGGUAAUUUUGUUUAGAUGCCGUUGCAAAGCAGUGGAAGAUAGAGUCAGGUGAUUUAUUGUUCAUUAGUAACUCCAAAUUUCACAUAACUGGAAUCAGGCAAAAUUUAAAAUUCUUGCUCUCUA